AUGGUUCGCCCCACCAUUCAUCACACUGUUGCAGCCAAACAGCAGGCAUCAUGGGAUAAAUGCAAAAGAUACUAUGAAAAACACAGAGACCUCAUUUUAUUGAGACGUCGUCUCUGUCGCACAAACAACACUCCUUCCAUCACAGCCGAGUCUAACACGAAUGUCCUAACGGACUUGGAUGAUGAGGUCGACUUUGACGCAAUUAUCACUUUGUCUGAUUGUUUGGGGCUCGUGCGUGAUGCAAAGAAUAAAGUCCUGGUAAUUGUUCCUUCCAGGACACCUACAAUAUACGUCGAGGGCAUCCUCCGCAAAUACGCUAUGUCAUUGCGUGACAGUGUUGCUGGGGACAUUGAGGUAUUCAGGGAAGGGCUCACCAUGGUCGAACCUUAUUUGUUAUGGGCACAGCAGGGGCAGGAUAAAAUUUUCAACAUGUGUGGUGUAUGUGACAAAUGGCAUGCUGCUGACGAGGUUUCCAGGUUCAUCGGGCAUCUGGUAGCUAUGCUGGAGGAUCUCUACAGACUAGCUCUUUUAGGUGAUCUUGACGAGGCUUAUUUACUUGGGGAAACAAUGUACCAGAAGACCUUGGGACUGGAGGCUCCUGGAGUAUAGCCACUU